CACCCGCUGAAGGCGCGGGGCAGGUGCCAGGAGGCAACCUCUUCUGUAUGGCUCAGCGCGAUGGUCUGGGUGUGGGUCAUGGCGCAGGUAGCUCCCGAUUUCACCUUCAACAAGAUGGACGACACGGGGACGCGGUGCCACGACACGACCGGGCACGAGAACCUGGGCGUUUACUUGCCGUACACCGCGGCCGUCACCGUGACUGGGUUCGUCAUCCCAUUCCUCAUCAUCAUCGGAUGCUACUGCCACGUGGUGGUGGUGCUCUGCAGGAACGAUACCAUGGACCUCAGCCUCAGGAGAAGAAGCAUCAGACUGGUGAUUCUCGUGAUGGUCCUCUUCUCCAUCUGCUUCCUCCCCUACCACAUCUUCAGAAACCUCAACUUGUUGUCUCGAGGCUGGCAGCUGCAAGGGUCCUGCACACAGGCUUUAAAGAACAUCUAUGUUUCCUACCAGGUGACCCGGGGCCUGGCCAGCUUCAACAGCGCCCUCAACCCCCUGCUCUAUGUGAUGACCAGCGAAGACUGCAUGUCACGUAUGAGGACCAUCCGCCAAAGAGCCAGCCAGUCCCUGGGGUCCACCUUCGGGAGGAAAUCCUCUUGCCAGACAGAUGAGAAGAAGAUGAGCAUCAUUCUUUGUGAGGAGGAGGCUUCUGAUGAGCUCUGA